GGCUUUGGGGACCUGCCAGUGAGGGAGAGUGGCCACCAGGGCUCUGCCUGCUGGGUUCUCCCACUUGGUCCUGAGGACUGUAGUGCUACCCUCGCAGAGUCACUGGUCUGGCACGGAUGCCCCACGUGGCUCCUCUACCCUAAAUACAUUCCUAGGCAGCCUUCAAAGUACAGUGUGUCCGUCAGGCUCUACCUACCUGCAGGGAAUCCUGGGGUCACCAACCCAGCUCACCAAGCCUGCACCCAGUAGGGGCUCUGUUCACGCUGUUCGUGGCUGGAGGCUGUGCAGUUCCGCCGCUUUUCCAACCUCUACUUCCUUCUCAUCAUCCUCCUCCAGGUGAGGUGGGGGCAACCCAGGAGUCAGUGCCCAUGGUCACUCCACUCCAUCUACCUGCUUGAGCUGUCUCCUCCAGGAAGCCCCCAGCCCCACCCCAGGGACUUCCCACCUUCCCACAUGGCUCUGUAGACCCAUGUGUUUGUCUGUGUGGUUAGUGGGUCAGUGUCCAUCCCCCACACACUGGGAGUUCCCUUACGGCUUGAUCCUCACUGCCCAGCCCUGGACCUGGAACACAGGACGUGCUCAAUAUCUAUUGAAGGAUGUGGGUGCAUGGAUGGCUCCUCCAGGUAUGAGGAGGCCUCCUGACCCCUUUGGCCUCAGCAGGUCCCAGAGGGCGAGGAGGAAGGAUCAGAUUCUAGGGACCCACUGGGUUCCUUCCUGACAUCAGGCUGGUCAUGGGUGGAGAUGGGUGAGCAGUGGUGGGUAGGGAUGGGACCCUGUGUGGUGUGGGAAGUUUCCAAAACACCCCAACUCAUACCCAGUAUCUCAUUCUGAUCUGAGUAAAGUGAGACACUGCUUUUAUCCAUCGAGCCAAUAAACACUUAUUGAGGACCUACUGUAUGCAGGUCCUGUUCUGGGCACUGGGGACCCAGUAGUGGCCCUGACACCUGUCUUAAGGUGGCUCAGGACUGGGGGAAAUGACUGUCAUUAAACCACAUGGUAGCAACCAGUGAUGGGGUGGUUCCCCACCCAGACUGUGUUGAGGGCAAAUCUGAGGUUGCACAGAGGGGAUCCCAUGAGAGCCAAGGCCUUGAGGAGGGAACAAGUGUGGGGUUGGGAGGGCUUCCUGGAGGAGAGGACCUGGGGCGGGGUGGUGCAUGGAAGGAAGAGGAGGCAGUGCUGGGCAGGAGGUCCAGGCGGGGAGAGAGCCUAGAGGGGAGUUGCCUGGAGGUGGGAACGGCAGGAUGUGAGGUUGUGGUGCUGGAUGUGUGGGCGGGAGGGUGCAGGAUUGGGCGGAAGGGAGGCGGUCAGGGUGGCCAAGAGCGUUGGCUGGCAUGACCCAUCCUCUGUGUCAGAGCAUCCCCGAGAUCUCCACGCUGCCCUCGUUCACUCUGCUCGUCCCGCUCAUCUGCCUCCUCACCAUCCGGGCCAUCCGAGACCUGGUGGAUGAUAUUGGGCGACACAAGAGUGACAAGAUUGUCAACAAUCGGCCGUGUCAGAUCCUAACGGGGAAGAGCUUUCUGUGGAGAAAAUGGAAGAAUAUACGUGUGGGAGACCUGGUCUGUCUGCAUAAAGACAGCAUUGUCCCGGCUGACUUGGUUUUGCUGGCCAGCACAGAGCCCAGCAGCUUGUGCUAUGUGGAGACGGCUGACAUCGACGGGGAGACCAACUUGAAGUUCAGGCAGGCCCCAAUGAUCACGCACCACGAGUUGACCAGUAUAAGGAAGAUAGCCUCCUUCCAAGGGAAGGUGGUGUGUGAGGAACCCAACAGCCGAAUGCACCACUUCGUUGGGUGCCUGGAGUGGAAGGGCAAGAAAUACCCCCUGGAUAUUGGUAACAUCCUCCUGCGAGGCUGCAAGGUCCGGAACACAGACACCUGCUAUGGACUGGUCAUCUAUGCUGGUUUUGACACAAAGAUCAUGAAGAACUGUGGCAAGAUUCAUCUGAAGAGAACCAAGAUAGACCAUCUGAUGAACAGACUGGUGGUCCUGAUCUUUGUGUCCAUGGUGGUGCUUUCCAUGGCCCUGGCCUUUGGCUUCUGGCACAAAGUGAAGGAGUUCAAGGCCCAUCACUACUACGUGUCUGCCAUGCACACGCACAGUGUGGCUAUGGAGGCCUUCUUCAUCUUCUGGGGCUAUCUCAUCCUGCUCAGCGUCCUGGUGCCCAUGGCCAUGUUUGUUAUCAGGGCCGAAUUCAUCUACCUGGGGAACAGCGUCUUCAUCAACUGGGACCAGCACAUGUACUACGAGCCCCAGGACCUGCCCGCCAAAGCGCGAAGCACCAGCCUCAAUGACCUGCUGGGCCAGGUGGAGUACGUCUUCUCCGACAAGACGGGCACGCUCACCCAGAACAUCAUGACCUUCAAGAAGUGCUGCAUCAAUGGAGUUGUCUACGGCCCAGAGGAGACCCCAGGCAAGGAGAACCCCUUCCUUUGGAACAAAUUUGCUGAUGGGAAGCUGCUGUUCUGCAACACGCAACUCCUGCAGGCCGUGCGGGCCAACCAGGACUGGAGGGUGCGCGAGUUCUGGCGUGUGCUGGCCAUCUGCCACACGGUGAUGGUGCAGGAGAUGAACAACCAGCUAGUGUACCAGGCAGCUUCCCCGGACGAGGAGGCACUGGUCACAGCGGCCCGAAAUUUUGGCUACGUGUUCCUGGCACGCACGCAGGACAGCAUCACCCUGAUGGAGCUGGGGGAGGAGUGUGUGUACCAGGUCCUGGCCAUGAUGGACUUCAACAGCAUCCGCAAGCGGAUGUCAGUGCUGGUCCGCAAGCCCGAGGGCUCCAUCUACCUCUACACCAAAGGGGCUGACACAGUCAUCUAUGAGCGCCUGCAAAAGAAAGGCGAGACAGAAUGGGCCACAGAGGAGGCCUUGGCCUCCUUUGCCACGGAGACCCUGCGGACGUUGUGCCUGGCCUGCAAAGAGGUGGAUGAGGACGUGUACGAGGAGUGGCGGCAGCGGCACCAGGAGGCCAGCAUCUUGCUGCAGAACCGCGCCCAGGCCCUGCAGGAGGUGUACGAGGAGAUGGAGCAGAGCCUCCAGCUCCUGGGAGCCACAGCCAUCGAGGACAGGCUGCAGGACGGUGUCCUCGAAACCAUCAAGUGUCUCAAGCAGGGGAACAUCAAAGUGUGGGUCCUCACAGGGGACAAGCAAGAGACAGCGGUGAACGUUGGUUUUGCCUGCGAGCUGCUUUCAGAGAACAUGAUCAUUCUGGAGGAGAAGGAGAUCGUACGGAUCCUCGAGGUCUACUGGGAGAACAACAACCUGCAAGGUGGCAAAAAGAAAGAGCUUCCCCUGCAGUUCAAGAUGGCCUUGGUCAUUAACGGGGAGUUCCUGGACCAGCUACUGCUGUCCUUGCGCAAGGAACCCCGAGCCCUGGUCCAGAACGUGAACGUGGACCCGCUGGAGUCCUGGCAGGAGCCAGGAGAGGAGAGGGUGGACUUCCUGCAGGCCAGGCGCCUGUCCCUCAUGUGGCGGACACUGGGGAUCCAGCUGCGGAGCUCGGGGCUGAUACCCCAGCACAAAGACUCCAAGACCCUCCGGAUCGCUGAGAAGCAGCGGGAGCGGGCCUUCGUGGAGCUGGCCUCCCGAUGCCAAGCGGUCAUCUGCUGCCGUGUGACACCCAAGCAGAAGGCCCUGAUCGUGACGCUGGUCAAGAAAUACCAGAAUGUGGUGACCCUGGCCAUCGGGGAUGGCGCCAACGACGUCAACAUGAUCAAGACUGCAGACAUCGGCGUGGGGGUGGCGGGUCAGGAGGGCAUGCAGGCAGUGCAGAACAGCGACUACGUGCUGGCCCAGUUCUGCUUCCUGCGGCGGCUGCUGCUGGUGCACGGACGCUGGUCCUACAUGCGCGUCUGCAAGUUCCUGCGCUGCUUCCUCUACAAGACGCUGGCCAGCAUGAUGGUCCAGAUCUGGUUCGCCUUCUACAGCGGCUUCACUGCCCAGCCUCUGUAUGAAGGUUGGUUCCUGGCGCUCUUCAACUUGCUGUACAGCACCCUCCUGGUCCUUUAUAUCGGGCUCUUUGAGCAGGAUGUGAGCGCAGAGCGGAGCCUUGAGUUGCCGGAGCUGUACAUCGCAGGCCAGAAGGACGAGCUCUUCAACUACUGGGUCGUCCUGCAAGCCAUCGCCCAUGGCACGGCCACCUCUCUGGUCAACUUCUUCAUGACACUGUGGAUCAGCCAGGACUCAGCUGGGCCUGUCAGCUUAAGUGACUACCAGUCCUUUGCGGUGGUCGUGGCCCUGUCCAGCCUGCUGUCCAUCACUAUGGAGAUCAUCCUAAUCACCAAGUACUGGACCGUCCUGUUUUUGCUGGCCAUUUUCCUCAGCCUCUGCUUCUACGUGGUGAUGACCAGCCUCACCCAGAGCUUGUGGCUUUUCAAACACUUCCCCAAGAACUUCCCAUUUCUAUACGCUGACCUCAACGUGCUGUCCCAGCCCCCCAUCAUGCUGGUGAUCCUGCUGAAUGUGUCACUGAACACCCUGCCUGUGCUGGCCUUCCGAGUCAUUUACCAAGCCCUCAAGAAACCACAGCGCAAGGAAGAGGUAGAGAAAGUCACAAGUGAGGAGAUCAUCGUGGAGCCUGUGCCCUGUAUCCGCAGGGAGUCACGGGCCCGGCGCUCCAGCUAUGCCUUCUCCCAUCGGGAGGGCUAUGCUGACCUCAUCACCCAGGGCACGAUUCUGCGGAGGUCAGCAGGGGUCAACAGUGACAUGCUGGUUGAUCACACAGUGCCACCUGAUGAACCAUCUGGGAGCAUGAAGGAGUCCUUGUGGUACCCAAGGAAGAUGUCAUUUCUGGGGAGGAAGAGGCACUCACACCAUGGGAAGGUGUCCUCUGAGGACAUGCAGCCUCCCUCUGAGGUGAGCUCCUCCUUGACCAUGGAUGGGCAGUCUGCCCCUCAUCCCCACCCUCUCAACAAAACCUGGCCAUCUGGAUCUUCACAGGAGAAGUUGCCAUAUUCUCCUGAGAGCCUGCCGCCAACCGAGAUGCCACUGUUGACUCUAGAGAGCCAAAGUACCUCUAUUGAGAGCCAGAUGCUGCCUUCGAGCCAGAUGUCCCUGCAGAGCCAGCCAGCAUACCUGCCACAGGAGAAGACAUCCCUCUGGAAGAUCCGGAAACUGUCCUUGAAGAACUGGCCGUACAUCUGGCAAAAGGAACCCGAGCCCCACAGAGAAGGGAUAUUGCCAGUUUCCAGCUCAAAUCUUAGUGCUGUGAUGGAAACUGCACCACCAAGUGCAAAAGGAUCAUCCAUCAGUGAGCAGCCAAUGGAGGUGGAGCCCUCACCUGUGGAGAGGGAGCCGUCGCCUAUGGAGUGGCUGCCAGAGCCCAGUGGGGACCAAGCUGCACCCGAUCUGGCAGAGCAGCUUCCCUGACUCCUGGGGCAUCAGUGACUGCUCAGGCAUAGUAAGUAUCAUCCAGCAAGCAUGAGGCCAUCCCCUGAAGACAGGGCUCCACCGGCUUUUCUUUCCCUAAUAAAUCAGUCUGUCUGACCCUAGGGCUCCUUGAGGCUCCCUCUUCCUAUACUUCUUUUUGUGAUGCCCCACGGAAGUCUUUUCUGG